UUCUCAGUUUCCAAACAGACAGGAGACAACCACGACUCACUUAGGACAUUUAAAACCAGACAGUCUUCUUGUUUUAACUCUUUAUUUUUUUUGUUUUAUUGCGUCAAGUUCAAGCCUCAGACGUGAUAUGGCCAAAGGAGAAGGAGGCGAACAAUACUCCAACGCGAGUUUGUUGAGUAAACCCACUUCAGAUGGCGCGCAGGUGGCUAAAAGGCACAACAGGAACAAGCUCUCCAUCUGCAACAAGUUGUGCUAUGCCGUCGGCGGCGCGCCCUACCAGAUCACAGGAUGCGCUCUGGGCUUCUUCCUGCAGAUCUAUCUCCUGGACGUGGCUCAGUUGGACCCCUUCUACGCAUCGAUCAUUCUAUUUGUGGGAAGAGCUUGGGACGCAGUAACUGACCCCACCGUGGGCUUUCUGGUCUCUCGAAGCCCCUGGACUCGUUUUGGACGCAUGCUGCCCUGGAUCGUGCUGUCCACCCCUCUGGCCGUCCUCGCCUACUUCCUCAUCUGGUACGUGCCCCCCUUUGAGAACGGAAAAGUCGUCUGGUACCUCUUCUUCUACUGCCUUUUCCAGACUCUCCAAACAUGUUUCCAUGUGCCAUACUCCGCCCUCACGAUGUUCAUCAGCUCCGAGCAAAAGGAAAGAGACUCCGCUACGGCGUACAGGAUGACGGUGGAGGUCUUGGGCACCGUCCUCGGAACAGCCAUCCAGGGUCAGAUUGUGGGAAUGGCCAACGCCCCCUGCCUCCCGGGACCCAAUGACGUCUUGGCCAACGUCAGCAACGUCUCCCUCAUGGUCAACUCGUCAGAACCGGCCAUCUCCAUAGAGCACACGAGGAUCGCGUAUAUGAUUUCGUCUGGCGUCAUCUGCCUGAUCUACGUCAUCUGCGCCGUGGUUUUGUUCUUUGGUGUGAGAGAGCAAAAAGAAUCGUGUCGUCCAAAGUCGGAGCCCAUGUCGUUUUUCCAGGGGAUCCGGCUGGUGAUGGGCCACGGUCCGUACGCCAAACUCGUCAUGGUUUUCCUGUUCACUUCCAUGGGAUUCCUGCUCCUGGAAGGAAACUUUGCCCUUUUCUGCAGCUACACUCUGGGCUUCAGAAACGACUUUCAGAACAUUCUCCUGGUGAUCAUGCUCUCCGCCACGCUGACCAUUCCCUUCUGGCAGUGGUUCCUCAGUCGCUUUGGGAAAAAGACGGCGGUUUACGUCGGAAGCUUGUCCGUGGUUCCUUUCCUCAUCCUCGUCGCCCUCGUGAAGAGCAACCUCGCCAUCACGUAUAUCGUCUCGUUCGCCGCUGGAGUGUCUGUGGCGGCGGCGUUCCUCUUGCCCUGGUCGAUGCUUCCUGACGUCGUCGACGAUUUCCAAGUCCACAACCCCGACUCCACCGGCCACGAGGCUCUUUUCUACUCAUUCUACGUCUUCUUCACCAAGUUUGCCUCUGGAGUCUCGCUCGGCAUCUCCACCCUCAGUUUGGAUUUUGCUGGUUACGUGACCAGAGGAUGCUCCCAACCGGCUGAGGUGGACUUAACCCUGAAAAUCCUGGUGUCCGCUGCUCCCAUCGGUCUCAUUUUGAUCGGGCUUUGCAUACUGUACACUUAUCCAAUCGACGAGGAGAAGAGACAAGGAAACCGGAAACUGUUGCAGGAGCAGAGGGACAACGAGAGCGACUCCGACACCGAAUGCGCAGAACUGUCCAACGUGGCAUAGUCGCCCGUGUGCGCCGACGCCGGGGCUGAAGUGGCUGUUUGGCUGGUAGCUCGCACUGGGUUGGGACCAAAAAAUACCUGGGCCUGUUACACGAGACGGGCGCUGCCUUCUUGUCCAAUCACAAUGCUGCUGUUCUGAAGUCUCCAGAACCUGAGUGUCAGCCACAAGAGGCCUUUUCUACACCAACAGUUCUUCUACCAUUGCAUUUUCGAGCAUGUUACUCGCCGUUUCGCCGGUUGCACCUCAAAAGCCUUACGUUACCAGCAUGCUGCUUUUUAGUACUGUGGGGAUUUUUUAACCGAUUGCACAAAAUAUCGAAACGUGUCGGCGAAGGAGGCGUUUUCCGUGGUGCUACGAACCCGAACAUGAGUUUCUGUCCAGUUUAAAACGCCACAUUUCGCGUUUAUGUCAUUUUAAACGUUGUAGGAGCGAAGACGUUUGGCUGCUCAUCCAAGCCGUGGCUUGGAUGAGCAGCCAAACGUCUUCGCUCCUACAACUUCUCGUCCGGUUUUUCCCAAAAAAAAAACAGCACCUGUAUGUCUUUCCUCGCAAAUUACGAGACUUUCUACUUAGCAACACUGGAAACGCUGCUCUGAAAUCACUGCCUUUGCAUUUUAAAGCACGUGCGGGGUGCGUUUUUUUGCAGAAAUCGCACUCUCCUUUCCUUCCAAAGUUUACAAACCGAUCACCGUCAUUGGCCGUCGCGCUGGUCAUGUGACGUCGGAGCAGCUGUCCCUCCCUGUAGCAGUAUUGAAACCACUACAACAGUGAAAAAAACUUAAAAACUGGACUGGGGGAAGCUUUUUUUUCUCUACCAAACAGACCUUAGUAUACGUAUUUAAGUAUUUAUUUCACCUUGAGGUCCUGUGCCAUAGUCGUGCAGUAUUUAAAGCCUGUGUGUGUCCAGUUGAAUGGUGAAAGUGUCAAAAUGGCGGCUGUCGGUGUAAAUAAAAAAAUAAAAAAACGGAUUUUUAACGUGUCGCCGCAGCUGUUGUUGAUCCAAAGCGCUUUUUCGAAGUGCUUUCUAAAGGGAAACGACCGUGAACGCUGAGGAUGAGUGUGAUUCUCGUUGUAAAUAUCGUGUGAAGGAAACGAACGCUUCUGUGUCCUUGUCAUGAAAAAAAGUGACAAAAGGCAUAAUUCAUAUCCGUUGAUAUGAAAAUGUACAGUGUCAUAUGUUAUACAUACGGCUCCAUCUGUAACAUGUUAUUUUUGAUAACUGGGUUGCCAGAUUUUCAUAUUUAUUCCCCUUUUUUGGUUUAUUUAUAAAACAAUGUAUUCCGUUCACAGAGGGGAUACUGCACAAAGAGCACUGUGCCAUUUCUACUUAAAGCCCAAUCGAGUUGUACGUGAGUGUUUUUGUGUGUUGUAUUUUAUUAAUUCCCUAAAUGACCGAGGCUGUUGCAGAUCUGUGACCCACAAACGCCUUGUACGAGCCUCCUGUGCAUAUGUAAAUACUGUAAACUGUAAAUACAUUUGAUAUUUGGUUAUGUAAGUCUGUGUAUUCUGAGCUGUAUUGUAGUUAUUUAAAGAAAAGAAAAUGAAGAUCUUGUUAAUAAACUUUAAUUGUGCUGUGAAAA